UCGGGACCCUGACUUUCUCUCAGAGGAGCACAGCUGCUGUCAGCUGCCACAGACUUGGAGAUAAGCAUGUAACAUCAAUUUAUGCAGAGACUGUGUGACAAGUUCUCCCUCAGUGCCUUCAGGCUCUCGAAAUCCAAGCAGCAUGCGCUACAAAUUUAACUUCAUAGCAGAUGUGGUGGAUAAGAUUGCCCCUGCAGUGGUCCAUCUAGAACUGUUUACUAGACUUCCAUUUUCCAACCAAGACAUCCCUGUGUCCAGUGGUUCAGGGUUUAUAGUGUCAGAGGAUGGGUGGAUCAUCACCAAUGCACAUGUACUGUCCAAUAAGCAACAUAUCAAAGUGGAGCUGAAAAAUGGCAUGCUCUACGAUGCUACAAUCAAAGAUGUGGAUCAAAAAUUAGACAUUGCUCUCAUUAAAAUCGACUCAGAGACUCCCCUGCCUGUGCUUUUACUUGGUCGUUCUUCAGACCUGAGGCCAGGAGAGUUUGUAGUAGCUGUGGGAAGCCCGUUUUCCCUUCAAAACACAGUGACCACCGGUAUCAUCAGCACUACCCACCGAGGAGGUCAUGAACUUGGCCUGCAGAACUCUGAUAUGGAUUAUAUUCAAACAGAUGCCAUUAUAAAUUACGGAAACUCAGGAGGACCUCUUGUAAACUUGGAUGGGGAUGUCAUUGGCAUAAACACGCUAAAGGUUACGCCAGGAAUAUCAUUUGCCAUUCCCUCGGACCGCAUACGGCAGUUCCUUGCAGACUCCUAUGACAGACAAAGAAAAGGAAGAAUGCAGACUAAAAAAAGAUAUAUAGGAGUGCGAAUGCUUCAACUUUCAGCUGCUUUGAUUAAGGAGCUCAAGGAGAAGGAGAGAAACUUCGCAGAUGUGAGCUCAGGGGUGUAUGUGUAUGAGGUUAUUCCAGGGACAGCUGCCUUCAGCGCUGGCUUGCUCAACCAAGAUGUGAUAAUCAGCAUUAAUGGACAAUCAGUGCAUUCUACAGAGGACGUGCGUCAGGCCGUGCAGUCAGACAGAGUUCUCUCUUUGGUGGUGCAACGUGCUAAUGAAGAAAUCAAACUAAAAGUGGUUCCUGAUUAAGUGGACUGAAGCUUUCUGGAGCUAGUUUUUAUCUACGUACCUCCAAACAA